AUCCUGACUGGGACUUCAGUGCAUUGAGACAGAAGAGGAAAAGGAACACAGGAUGGAUGGCUUAGUUGAUCAUGAAAGUGUGCUUAAGCACAAUAAAGCUGCUGAUAGCAAGAAGAGGAAUGGGUUGAUUAACACAAGGAACUUGAUGGCCGAGGGCAGGGAGGGAUUGGUGUCUGUGUACCCGGCCCCUCAGUAUCAGAGUCGGCAGAUUGGGACUCUCUGCUCUCCAAACUACCCCAGGAAUGACCCAGUGCAACAACUCCUUGACCCCAAGACGCUACCACAGACAUUGGAGUCCCGCUAUCACCCAAACAUCAUCCUGUAUUCGGAGAGCAUGCUGCGAUCAUGGGGAGAAAGCCUGAGUGCCGAAUGCUGUGAAACAACUUUUAUUGAGGACAGGUCACCUACCAAAGACAGCCUGGAUUACCCCGAUGGCAAAUUUGUCAGUCUGUCCACAGAUGAGAUCAAGAUCCAUGCACUCUCCUACGACAUGGAAGAUGACGAUGACUUCCAGGAACUAGAGAGUGAUUACUCAAGUGACACCGACAGCGAAGACCAUUUCCUUAUGAUGCCUCCCAGGGACCAUCUUGGGCUUAGUGUGUUCUCCAUGCUCUGUUGCUUCUGGCCUCUGGGAAUUGCCGCCUUCUAUCUGUCACAUGAGACGAACAAAGCCAUUGCUAAAGGAGACUUCCACCAGGCGAGCUCCAGUUCACGACGAGCCCUCUUCUUGGCUGUGCUAUCCAUCACUAUUGGAACAGGCAUCUAUGUAGGGGUUGCUGUGGCACUCAUAGCUUACCUGUCCAAAAAUAAUCACUUAUGAAACUCAAAGAAUUGCUACAGAGAACCACGGACCAUAACAUUUAAAAUAUCACUUGUUUUGAUGGUAACAAGGGAAGCUGUAUCUUUAUAUCAUAUGAAUUCUGAAAAGGAAUGUUCCGGAUCUCUUCAACCCUUCCAGUUCAUUUUGAAUGUUGGCAAUACCAUCAUUGCAAAAAGCCAAGAAAUCCAGGUUCUUUCCAGAAAUAAAGCGUUGUCUUCAGAACUUGUUUGUUUGCAAUUUGCUGGUGGUCUAGUUGGAUGAGACCCAAUGGGAGGUGUCAGCUAUAUUGUCAAAAGGAGAGAGACAUCUGAAUGUACAGUACUAAAGUUUGAUAGACUGUUUCCUGCAUAAGAAAGCCAAUUCCUGUCUUGGUUUUGGAUGAUUAAGGAGGAGAAACAGCUGGCUCAGUGCAUCUCGUCUGACUAAGCCUCAAAUAUGAACAAACUGCAAA